UUUAUAAAGGCACUUUUGGGGAAGCCCAUUUUAGAAACCGAAGAGGAAUUCUUGAAUUAGCUGGAGCUGUUCGAUGUACUACAGGACGAUCUCCUCUUGCCUACCUACGUUAUGGAUGCUACUGUGGUCUCGGAGGAAGAGGAUGGCCCAUGGACAGAGUAGACUGGUGCUGCUUUAACCAUGACUGCUGCUAUGGUAAGGCAGAACAAGCAGGUUGUCACCCAAAGGUAGAAAGUUACCACUGGGAAUGUGAAGACAAUGAUCCUGUGUGUGAAUCACUAGAAGACAAAUGUCAAAAAAUGGCAUGUGAAUGUGACCGUGAAGCUGCCAGAUGUUUUUCUAAAGCUCCCUAUAAUACAAAAUACCUUUUGUGGCCAGACUUUAUGUGUGGUGAGAUUCAGCCUUUGUGUAGGUAUUAG